AUGUAUUCCCUAUCUAUCAUUCUCACUGUCCUUGCGACAUAUUUCCUCUCUUCAUAUCUACCAGAACCUACCACCAUCAUUCCCUGGAUCGCUCAAUCAGCUUCUCCUCUCGAACUUCUCACACAAACCGUUGUCCCUUCGAUCACCAGCCGUGUCGUCGAUGCCCUCGAAUCAAUUUCAGGGUUACCCGAACCACCUAGAUUGGACCGCAAUAUCUGCGAGCCUGUGAUGUUCGACUCGUCUGACCAUGCUACUCAUGACUCAAUAUACAGAAAAACAGUUUGCCAACCUAUCCCGCUACCUUCUAGAUCAGAGAAGCUAGUAGCUUAUACCAAGUAUGCAAUCCGGUUACUGAAAUAUGCCAAAGAUGUAGCUCUUUCGACAAGCAGUAACUCUUUCCUGGCUGACCUCUCUCUUUCUGUCAUCCUCAAUAUACUCUUCGGGGCCACAUUCUCCUCAUUGUGGUAUCGCUCAAGCAAGCGAGCCACUCGAAUUAGCCAUCUCGAAGACACGAACGUGAAGCUCAACAAAAACGAGGCUGCCCUCAAGAAACAGGUAGAAGCACUCAAGGGAAAUCCUAAGGAACGUCAAACGGAAGUUCAUAGUAGUCAAAGAAUACUACAGCUGACCAUGGAACGAGAUGAUUUGAAAUACAAGUGCAGUAGUCUUUCCCUCACUUGUGGCAAUCUGCGAGCGGAGAGACAGGAGCUGCGCAACAGUACCAUUCGUCGAUCGUGCUUCGAGCGACGACUUGAAGUGUUUGAAAGAGCCAAGGCUGCUGCAAGAGAAAAGCAAAUCAAGACUGAGGAACUGGAGAAGUCGCUGCAAGACCAGAUAGCAAUCGUUCGCGAACAGAACGUGAACCUACAAGCCCGGGAUGAGACCAUUGGGGUCACAGUGACCGAUCUCGAGACUGCCAAAGAGACAAUGCGAAGACAGAGAACAGCCUUGGCACGAGAGCAGCAGAAAAUUCAGUCCUUAGCAGCUGAGCUCUCGGCUCUUCAGGAUGAGCUGAAGACUGAACGCGAGGCCUGUGCGACUGAAAAGACCGCUUUGAUGGUUGCACAUGAGAAGGAGUUGAGAAAGGAACGUAGAGGCUUCGCCACGAAGAAGGCGACCUUGAUUGCUGCACAUCGGAAAGAGCUGCAGGAGUUACAGACAGAGAAGAUCGAGCUCCUAGCAUACAAAACUGAGUGUCUUGAGCUCAGAGAUGUGUCGUCGAAGAAACAAGAGGAGCUCGACGCCCUUCUUUCUCAAAAUACUGUUCUGGACAACAAGAACCAGACAUUGCGGCAGGAGCUCUCACAGAUGAAGAAGAACCAAGAAAAGUCUGAAGAGAGGACACAGAAGCUGCAAAAAGAGUCGAAGACAAUUCGGGAAGAGCGAGAUGCUGAACAGGAAGAACUCACAGCAGCUUACGAGGAAAUGGACAAGCUCGAGAACGAUCGAAACAGCAUGUCGCGGACGCUCGAAGGAGUCAAGGCUGUGUGCUGCGAGGCCGCAUCCUUUGUGUAUGUCGAGUCUUAUGCUCGUCAAUUCUUUGCUUCGCUUUCAGGAACGCAGCCUGGCCGUCGUUCUAGACUUACUCGCGUUCGACGCGCCGAUCGUGUCGUCCCUGUACCCAACCCACGAGACGCGGAAGACGAUGUUGCUGGCAACGCAGAUGAGAGCGAUCGUAAAGAAAUUUCAGAAGAUUCAGCUAUUGACCAAGGCGUGGUGGAGGAGUCUGAGCUCAAGAAUUGUCAAGAUGCGAGCAACAAGAGCGAAGCACACAGUGAGCAGACCUCUUCAUCGAAAGAUGCUGCUAGAGAAUCCGACGAUACUCCAAAGAUGGUGCCCGAUGGCGACAUGACUGCGACCAGUGCUUCGGCCACGGCUCCUCAGCCUGCUGGCCUUGCAGAAGCUUCACCUUCGGAGCCCAAGACUACACUUCCACUGGUGGCUGAAGCUCUUGAAGUACCAGAACAAGAGACCCAGUCGCCACUUAUGCCACAAUCUAGUGCAAGUGAAGAUGCAGGCCCAGUGCACGAAGAAUCCUCCUCUGAAGCCCAGACACCAAGUCCCAAGGAUGGGCCUGUCGUUUUGAUAGCCGAUCAGCAGAGUGACGCGAUAGUCGAGUCAAGUGCUGCUGCAAACCAGUUGCCGUUGCUGUCAACGCCGCAGGAGCCACGAACUCUGUCGCAGCAAGAUCGUUGGCAACCGCCACAGCAAAUGACACAGCAAGAGAACUUAGGUGCCCAGACAUCUGAGACUCCGAGCAACACCGAUGACAAUUCGGCUUCUGGAAGUCCUCCUCGACGAAGUCUAAAAAGAAAAAGCAGGGACACGACGCCAUGGAACGAGCGAAAAGCCAAAAAGCGGAGCGCAGAUUCAAGCCCAAGUUCGUGCACUUCCCGCCAAGAUGUCCAGCAAAUUACGUCCCCUCCAGAAAGCCAGCAGUUACAACCACAGAAUGUGGUCCUCAACAAUGGCCAAUCGUCGGCGACUGCUGAACAAGCUCCAAUCUUCCCUCCACUACGAGCUGAGGAGACUGUGCACCAAGCGCAAACAACAGAGCGGCCAAUGGGUACUGAACACGUUGCGAAGCCGACGCAGUCAGAUGCGCAACCAAUGGGGGUCGUUGAAGGCACCGUGCCACAACAAGCAGACGAGCAACUCAUGGAUCUAGAUCAGACCGCAGAGUCACAACAUCCAGAGUCUCAAGCCAUGGAGCUCGACGAGGAGACACACUCACGUCAAGACGAGUCAGAUACCAACGUUUUCGGGCUGAACUCACAGGAUCAGCCAUACACGCCGCGCUUCGAACCGGAUAGUCCAAUGUCAGAUCCGGAACCACAAAGCGUUCCAUCGCUGAGUUCGUCUCCAACGUUCAACCGCGUCAUGAACAACACCACGUUCACUCCUACCAGGCGCGUCGUACCUCAAUUCGGCGUGACAACUCCUUUAUCAGCCUCAGCUGCACAACAGGAGUCCCCGCCAUCGAACCAAUCCGAAUCGCCCUCGAGCUUUGGUGGGUUGACUCUUUGA